AUUAUGAACAUCUGAACAAAUCUUUAAACUCCUUUUAUUACCACCGUAAACUCCUAUUAGCACCGCAAGCCUUGAGUAAUUUGCAUCCAUGACCUUAGCAAGAGUAGUGACAUCCCUGAGGGAAUCACGCAAUAUCUGUCUAUUUCUACCGAAUUUUGCGAAUAUUUUAGGACCGGGCAGUAGAACAAAUUCAAGAAGCAUGGGAAAGUCCAGUAAGGCGAAGGGAAGCAAGGGAAAAGAUACUCAGGCAGAUGCUGGAAAAGCUGCCUCAGACAGCCCAAUCUCUACUGAUAAAUCUGGCAAUGUCUUGUUGAAGAUUGUAGCCAAACCAGGAGCCAAAGAGAGUAAAGUUACGGACAUAUCAUCUGAGGGCAUUGGAGUACAAAUUGGUGCUCCCCCCAUGGAUGGAGAAGCCAAUGCAGAACUUGUAAAGUUCCUUGCCUCAACCCUUGGAGUUCGGAAGAGUGAUGUGAGCCUAGAAAGAGGAUCUAAAUCAAGACAGAAGACUGUAUGUGUGACUGGAUUACAAGCAGAGGAUAUAGAGUCAAAGCUUAGAGAUUUAUGUUCUUAGAUUUUUUAUUUUCUUGUUAUUUUCUUAUCAUCACAUAUUGGAUUGUCAGCUCUUCUACUAUCAUCAAAAAGUUAAAAAAGAAAUCUCAGGCAACUUAAAUGUUUGCUGCUAAAAUAUGUAUUUUGAAAAUACUGCAUUCAGUUUAUGAAUGUUUGAUACUCUGUAGACAUUUGGGAAGAUGAAGGACAUUAUAUUUAUUUGCAAUAUGUUUUUAUUAAAGUUAUUGUAUUAGAUAAAA